AUGGAAGCAUGUGAUUUGUGGUCACUUGUUGUGAUCCUGUAUACAAUGCUAUGUGGACAGAGUCCAUUCCGAUCACCAAGUGAUUCGGAAGAGAGUAUUUGUGGGUUGGUGGAGAAGAUAAGGCUGGGGGAUUUUGAUACAAAAACUCCAGCAUGGAGAUGUGUCAGUCCUUCUGCGAGAGAUUUGGUUACGCGUCUACUGAAUGUUGAUUCAGAGAGGCGAAUGGAGAUGAAUGAAUUGGUUAAUCAUUCAUGGCUCCAGGGGACAACCCUACGUAAAUCUCAAUUGCCACCACUAACUCUGGCUCAGGAUCUAGCAUCGCUAGAUUUAACAGUUAAGGCGAUUUUUGAUGCCUACAAACAUGCGCAGAGCAAGGGCUUUACGAUGUUUGAGGUGGAAAAUGCCAAACUGAGCCAGAGGAGGCGGCAUAAAAAUUCAAGUCACAGUAGUGAGAGUGAUUUGGGUAGGAGCAAGAGUUCAAGUGGCGUAGUAACGUCAGAUCUCAAUAAUCGUUCAUUGAGUGUAGAAAGCUCAGAUAUUGAGAUUGUGGGUGAGUUCCAGAUGACCUAUCCCAGUGGUGCAACUGGUGAUGGUGCUGGAAUAACGCUCAAUAACAAUGAGGAGGCUACAAAGGAUGAGAUCACAGAGAAUGAGGUCAAUUGUGAUGCCAAUGUGGCAGAAGUUGAAGUAGGGAGCAAUAAUGUAAAGAUCACAGAGACAAAGGUAGAGACUGAAGAAGUAAGAGAACAUAGUACAAUGGAAGAAGUUGUAGAGAAGAAAGAAGAGGAGGAAAUUGUUGUCAAAGUUGACGUUAAGGUAGAGACCAGUAAGAAAGUGAAGGAGGUGGGUCCAGUAAAGGAAUCUAAGCGAAUUUUAUCGCAUUAUUUGGCAAAUAUGCAUCAUGGAUUCAAGGAGAAUGGUGAAGAAGAAUCCCAUUCAGAUGAUGUAUUUGCUGGAUUUUCAGUUGAAGAUAUCAAGGAUGGGUACAAGAGUUCAAUGAGAAAUGGUGAAAUUUGCGCAAGUAUUCUCAAUAGUAGAAAAUCCCAGCCAAAGUUGAGGGGGAGAAAACGAAAGAUUAAAACAGAAAUUCCCGAUGAGACCCAAUAUUCAAAUGGGAAAAUAUCAAAAUUGUUGGAGGUAAUACCUCCGGCAAUGGUCGCAAAACCUGCCAGAGUUAGUCGUAGGAUGACCACAAGGCAUAUGAGGAGGGAAGAGAUUUGUGGAAGAGAUGAUCUCUUCAAAGAUUAUAUUGCCUUUUCCUACAUUCAGCUGAAUUAG